CGUGAACUCCCUGUCAUCAAAUCAAUCCCCCCAGGGCAAGGGCAAGGGCAGGGCCAAGAAAGAUCCAAUCUUGCUGCUGCCACUCGACGAUCCCAUCGAUCUCGAGCAAGGUCGGCGACCAUGGCUCGCUGCCACCAUCUCCUCCUCCUCCUCCUCUCCCUCUUUCUUGCCGUGGCUGCUGCUGCUCCGGGGCAGGGGCAGGGUCACCAUGGAGAAGCCUCCGCGGUCUUCAUCGAUGCGGCGUCGCACCGCUACCUGCGGGAUCAGCCAACCGACGACCAGGAGGCUUCAAUGUCGUUAAAUGAAGUUUCUGCUGCCGUUUCCGUCUUGCUUGGUUUUGCACCGCCAACCGCCCUACCGGCGCUUUCUUCUUCGCAGUUAAACAAAGUGCUUCUUCCCAAUCCAUUCGAUAGACCGCGCGCUGUUUUCCUCGUGCAAAUUGCUGGGUCCAGUGCCUCAGCUGAUAGCUUCGUAUCUGAAGCUGGCAGCAUUUUCAAGACAAGGAUUGAAGGUGCAAACAAUGCUGCUACAGGGCUUACAGAUAAGGAUGAACUAAUUAUCAUUCAUUCAGAUGAAUCUCUAGAUCAUACUGGAUCAGAUCUUACUGAUAGUGAACUUUCCAGAUUGGCAAACUGGUUGGAGGGAUCGUAUCAGAAGUCUAGUGGUGAACUAGUCAUUCCCUUGGAGAGUGGAAAUAGUCUUACUCUGCUACUUCAUAAGGAAGCAGACUUGGAGUUUGCGUCCAGCUUGGCUUCCCUUCUUAAAACUAUAGAAAGGGCUAUUCAGGUCCAUGAAGACUUCUCAGGUGUAAUCAGCCCUGCAGAGUUAUUAGUAUGCCACUUCACUGGGAUAAAGGCUCUGGAGGAUGAAUAUGCUUCCACGGAAAUUGUUAAGCAGGGAACCGAAAUAGUUCAGAGAGCUGUCACCAAAGCGUUUCAGUCCCUACAUGGAGCAUAUAAAGGGAAAAUUGUUGGGCUGGUGGUAUCCACACAGGAGGCUUCAUCAUUCUUAGGGUCCAUAAUUGAGGCACCAUCUUCAUUGCACAUUUCGAGACAACUAGAAGAAGCAAGCCAAACUAUUGCUACAGCCUCUGUUGUACUUGUUCGAAAGAGUUUGGCAUGGAUUACGGGGAUCAUCCUGCUGGUUUCAACUCUCAUAGGGGUUUGCUUGCUGAUGAAUAUGCCACUUACCAGGGACACCCUCCUGUAUUCAAAUGUCAAGAUUGAUUAGUUUGGAGGGAAGGGAUGCUAUCGACAAGGGGCCGGCCAUUCUUUGCGGCCAACUUUGGCUUGUGUAGUUAUGGGUUGGUUUUGGAUAGAGACGUAUGCUUUUGCUGUUGGACAAAACGACCUUUUUUUUCAUUUUUUGUGAAGGAAAAAAAAAACUGUAUCGGCUGUUUUAUUGUUGGGUUCCGGUAAAUAAGCCAGAGGAGUGGUUGAAGAAACGAUUGUUGCAGAGUGCUCCUGCCUUGUAUGAAUAAUAAAUCUGUGAAUCGUGAUUUCGAAUUCAAAUAAGAGUGCUAUAUGUCCUAUGGGAUGUUGCUGUC